AUGUCGCUAGCUGUAUGCAGGGACCGAUUAACAGGCUCCGAUGCACCGGAGCAACUUUGCGACGGCUCUAGCAAACCUACAGCAUCCGUAAUCAGAUGUAACACACAUCCUUGUCCUUUCAAGUGGUAUGUAGGAGAAUGGUCGUCAUGCAGCGUCACGUGUGGCGGAGGUGUUCGUACACGAAGAGUUAUCUGUGCAAGAUCAGCGAACGUCACAAGAGCUGAUACUUACGAACCUGGAUCCAGUUCAGAACCGGGCUGCGUUUCUCCUGCACCUAGAUCUACGCAGUCAUGCAAUGAACAAGACUGCCCAACAUGGGUGGCUGGAGCUUGGUCAGGGUGCUCCGUAUCUUGCGGCGAAGGCGUACAAGUGAGAGGUGUUGAAUGUACACCUGCUGGAGGUGGGUGUGACCCAGCUUCAAGACCUGAGAUCUCUAGACCUUGUUCAACUGGAAUCAGCUGCCCAGCUUACAGAGAAGCAGAUGAAUCUGAGGAUGAUAUAGAAGAUUUGCUACCAGGUGUCGUAUAUCAUACGCAGCCACUUAUUCAACCAUAUCCUCCGCCUCCGGCUAAAGCCGAAAGGUUAAUUGGGGAACCUGAUCUUCCCGUUGAGGCUACUUACAUCAAAGAUGAUGACUGGGGUCCAUGCAGCGCUACGUGUGGUGAAGGAUGGAGGAAGAAGGAGGUUCACUGCAAAAUUUUUUUAGAAUUUAGCAGAACUAUUGCAAAGUUACCAGAUAGUAAAUGUAUGGGACCUAAACCUACAGAAGAAACUGAAAGAUGCGUUAUGGAGCCGUGCUCAAUGGCCUAUGGGUCAUCGUUUGGAGAUUCUAGUAUUCCUUCAUAUGGUACGGGAGACAGAUCUUUAGUUUUUGGAACUUCAAGUAACAUUCGAGUGGCACCAGGAUCACCUGGAAAAUCCUACUCCUGGAAAGAAAAAGGAUACACAAGCUGCAGCGCUUCGUGUCUAAGUGGUGUUCAGGAGCUGAUCAUCCAAUGUGUAAGGGAUGAAGACGGCAAGAAUGCGUCUCCAUAUAUGUGCGACCCGCUUACCAAACCGGAGAACAGAGUUAGGACGUGUAACGAUCACCCUUGUCCACCCAGAUGGAAUUACACGGAGUUCUCACAAUGCACAAAAACGUGCGGCAUCGGUAUACAAACUAGAGAAGUUACUUGCAUCCACGAAGUGACACGUGGUGGUACGAACACAGUGGUAGUACCAAACAGCAUGUGCCCUCAACCACCGCCACCGGACCGUCAGUAUUGCAAUGUGCUGGACUGUCCUGUCAAAUGGCAUACAGGUGAAUGGUCGAAAUGCUCCAAAACCUGCGGUGGAGGCGUUAAACAAAGAGAGGUGGAGUGUAAACAAAUUAUGGCGCAGUCACACGUGGUCGAAAGGCCACCUUCCUUGUGCAGUAGCCCAAAACCGGCAUCAACCAAGUCCUGUAACAGUCGUCCUUGCCUGCUUGAUACUUCAUCACCGGAGAUAUCUUUGGCCAACUCCUCCUACAUCCAACAUGAUCCUAAGAAAAAGAAGGUAACAGUUAAGGUUGGCGGCUCCGCGACAAUUUUCUACGGGACCCAAGUGAAAAUUAAAUGUCCUGUCAAGGGAUACAACAGAACGAGGAUACAAUGGGCAAAGGAUCACCAGAUUAUUACAAAAUCGAGAAAGUAUAAGAUUUCAAAGAAGGGUGCUCUUCGAAUAACAUCUCUGUCACUUAGGGAUCAUGGUCUCUACACGUGUGUAGCUGGAAGAUCCAGCGCCAACUUAACUUUAGUAGUCAAACCUAAACCUGGAGAGAUGCCAUCCAGUGAAGAGCACGAACGGCAUAAAGUGUUGGAUGAUCCGUCCUCUUCGAUUUCUGACAGGACGGACGGACGCUACAGAGCAAUGGUCGGUGGCAGGUCCGACGAUCAAUCACACGAGCAACGCCCCGGCGAUCAGAGAAAGAAUUCUAAAAACAGGCAGAGAGGAAAAAUUGAUAAAGUGAGAGAUGCUCUGUACGGCAGUCCAGGCACUACAACUAAAACACCAACCUACAAUUCCCAAGCCCGAGAUAUCUACGAUGAGAACGAGAAAAAAGACAUGAAUAUGCGCACCAAAAAACUACAUACAAAGACAAAGAAAACUAAAUAUGUCCCAGAAAGAAUAACACACUCUGACCUUGCCAAGAAUAUAGAAUGUUGUAGAACUAUUGAUUUCUUGUUGAUUUCAUGUUGUAUGCAGAAAUAUAAGUCUGAAGUAUAA